AAGAUGUUUAUCACAGCAAACAUAUUCAGAAACAAACCAGAAAAAACAACCAUGGCUAGGGUUCCCUGCAAGCAUCUUAUUCUUGUUGCUUUUUCCCUCUUCUUCAUCGCUACAACAGCUACAGCAAGAAAUAUGCCGGUGGCUAAGGAAACUCAGAAAGUACUUCACGUUGAUCAAGUGCUUACGGCGACGGAAAAUCAUGGAGAAGAUCAUGCUAAGGUUGAUGAAUUAGUAGCUAUGGACUACAGUCCGGCAACAAGGAAGCCUCCGAUCCAUAAUUAAUUACCAAAUUUUUGUAUAUUAAAACAAGUAAUUGCUUUCUCACUUCAUAUAUACAUUUCUACAUAGCAGGAAGGAUAAAACAAGGUAAUCAUCAUCUUAUAGAGAAUCAGAUUCACAUACUCUCUAGGGUUUAUGUUUUUCUUUUUGUAAAUAAUAACCAUGCAUGGAGAAGCCUUGGAUAUUGUAUCAGUUUU